ACAUUUAACAUUAUUGGCUCGGCCGUCGGCGGUGCUGAAUGCUGAUGAAUUUUCUCUGAUUUUGCUAAGAAGAUAAAUAUUGCAAAACUAUUGACAUUUUGUAAUAUUAGGAUAUAUUAGAGUGUAAUAUUAUUAUGUGAAUAAAUACCAAGAUCAAGAUUACUUAUUAAUAAAAUCGUUUUAAGAAACAUGGAGGUGUCACAUUCUUUAACACUAAACGAGACGGCACUGCUGCAACUGCCUGAUGACAAGAAGCCUCACUUUAUAUUUGAGUGGCUCAGAUUUUUGGAUAAAGUUCUUGUUGCAGCACAUAAGUCCGACCUAAAAAGCUGUCAACAAAAGCUAGUAGCCCAGUUGGUGAGCCUCCUACGAGAGAAUCUGGGCCCACCAGCCCGGAGAUUAUUGGCAAGAUGUUUGGCAACAUUGUUCUCAGUGGGAGACACGUUCCUGCUCUUCGAUACAGUUAACAAAUGCAAUGAUAUUAUCAAAGUUAAGGAUGACUCGCCAUCAUAUUUGCCUACCAGACUCGCGGCGAUAUGCUGUUUAGGUAGUAUGUAUGAGAAACUCGGCAGAAUGAUGGGCCGGUCGUAUGAAGAAACUGUCACCACUCUAGUGAGAUCCAUGAAAAGCAGCGAGUCUCAAACACGUCUGGAGAUUAUGACUACACUUGACAAGAUAUGCGUGGGCAUGGGCACAGCAGCAGGGGCGGCACUCAGGGAGGUCUCUCGCGCGGCAAGGGCUACCUUACUUAACGAGAGGGCCACCUCAGUGCGAGCGGCCGCCGCUAACACCAUACGCCACAUGUUACCGCUGUUGCGACUCACGCCUACUGAAGUGGACGCUAUAGCAGCGGCCUGCUUGAGAGCGGCGCAUCCCAGUGAUUAUGGGCUCAGAUGCGCAGUUGCAGAGCUAUUAGGUGCACUAAUAGCAGCCACACAGGCUGGUGAAGUUAAUAAUAUUAACACAAAAACGAAAAUAGGAAUGCAACCAGUGGCUAAUAAAAAGGAUCCACCGAAGAAUGUAAUAUCUUUAGAUGAAGCUCUCAAUCUGUUGAUGGGCGCAUUUCUGCGAGGGGGUACGUCUUUCUUGAAGGGAGAGAUUAUCAAAUCUGGCUCCGGAGUCAAUAGAGAAGUCCGCGUCUGUGUUACCAAUGCAUACGUAAUGUUCGUACAAAACAUGGGCGGAGUGUGGUUGGAGCGCAAUAUGAGCACGUUACUGACGCACGUGUUGGAUUUAGUAGCUAACCCUAAAGCAGCCAGCUCGCACGUAGACGCUGUAUACUCGAGAAAAUGCAUAAAUUAUAUCUUGAGAAACACAUUGGGCAAAAUGUUGGGCGAAAAAGCCCAGGCGUCGGCGUGUCGGGAGAUCAUUCAGAUAGUUGCUAAACAAAUGAAUAGCAUUGACUUUAAUCCAGAGAAUGCUAAAGACUGCAAUCAGGAAACACUCUUCAGUCAACAUCUCCUAGUAUGUGCACUGACGGAGGCGGGUGAGUUGGCGCAACAACUGGGCACUUCAGUGCACAACCUCGUGGCGGAUACCUCCCUCAAUAUGAUCGAUACUGUCUGCUCUGUCCUCGAGCACCCGUGUGUGGCGGCGCGGCUAGGGGCGGCUUACUGCUUGCGAGGUCUGUGUAUAGCGCACCCGGCUCUACUGGCGCCUUUGCUGGACCGCUGCACUGACGCGUUGGACGUGCCUCGACCGACGCCGCAUCGGAUAUCGGGUUAUUCAGCAGCGUUGGCAGCAAUACUGGGCGCAGUCAGAUCGUCUCCAUUGGGGGUGCCUCACGGGCGCGGCAAGAUAGCGUUCAACGCGGCAGAACAACUGCUACGAUCCGCUGGACAGAGCAGCCGUCUAACCGCCGCUCGGACCAACGCUGGGUGGCUCAUCGUUGGCGCUAUCUGCACUUUGGGUGUGCCAGUAGUUCGCGGACUGUUGCCGCGUAUGUUGUUGCUAUGGAGGAACAGUUUCCCGCGCUCCGCCAAAGAACUGGAGUCUGAGAAAGCCAGGGGAGAUGCAUUCACUUGGCAGGUGACGUUAGAAGGGCGGGCGGGCGCACUCUCCGCCUUGCACAGCCUGCUCAUACAUUGUCCAUCGCUGGUGAACAAUGACGACACGGCGAAGAGACUGACUCAGCCCAUAGAUGGCGCCAUCGCUGUCUUGACCAACGUGGGAGCAGUAGUGCGCAACUACGGCGGCUCGCUAAAGGCACCCGCGGCGCUGCUGCGUCUGCGGCUGUACCAAGCGUGCGCCGCGCUCGGAGCCGCCGCCUCCGCGCCCGCUGCGCCUCUGCUGCGUCUGCUGGCUGCUGAGCUGGCGGGCUCGGCGGACGCGAGCGGGGCCAAUGUUGCUACUGGUAUGUUGAGAAGCGCUAUGCACCCUCGCGACACUAUAUUGCUCGGCGAAGAAGGCUGGAUAUACGAUACUGAUCAUGCUGAAAUAGAAGAACAGCUAAUAUCGCCGCUAAGCGCCAGUGGCUCCAGCGCGUUGGAACACGACCCAUGUUGCCUGUACCGCAAGCUAUCCGGUGCCCAGCCCCUGGGUGUAGCAGUCAUUGACGCUUCAGUUGCAUUGUUCCCGCUGAUAUUCUCACGAGCUGCCAAUAAACAUAGACAACAAAUGCUCGAACACUUUGUGGAGUGCAUCAAAAUGUCCAAAGGGAACAGACAAGAGGCUAUACAGAUCAACGUGUAUACAGCGCUGUUGUUAGCGCUGCGUACUCUGGCCGAGCAGAAGAGUUCGCUUGGCGCGGGCCAAGACGCUGUCAAGACAGCUGCCACCGAGCUUGUUAUUGCUGGUCUCUCAGCAAACAGUGCGACAGUUCGCGCCGCGGCCGCCUCUUGCGCUGGGAGACUCUGCAGUUGUAUAUCUGAAGCGGAGAGCCAAGCUCUGAGCGAUAGAGUGAUUGCGUUAGCACGAAUGUCCUCGAGCCGCCCGAUCCGUGCAGCGGCUGCAGCGGCUGUGGGCGCUGUGCAACGCGCGAGGGGGGCGGCGUCGAGCGCUGCAGCGCUGCCGGUGUUGAGAGCGCUCGCGCAAGACACCUCGUCUGUGGAAGUGCAGGUGUGGUCGUUGCACGCGUUGUCAGUCCUCGUGGACGCGUCCGGGCCAAUGUUCCGGGGCCACGUGGACUCCACGCUCAACGUCGUGCUGAAGCUGCUGUUCAGCUCGCCGCCGUCUCACGACGAGUUGCACCGCAGCAUUGGGCGGCUGCUGGCCGCUUUGAUCACCGUCGUUGGGCCAGAGUUGCAAGCGUGCGGCUGUGCGGCGGUGGGGCGCUUCGUGUGCGCGUGCGCGGCGCUGCGCGAGGGCGGCGGCGCGGGCGCGGCGGCGGACGCGCUGGGCGGGCUGCAGCAGCUGCACAUGUUCGCGCCCAACCACAUCAACCUGCACGCUCUGGUGCCGCAGCUGUGUAAGGAUCUGUCGAGUCCCGAGCUGUCGGUGCGGCGCGCCGCGCUGUGCUGCCUGCGCCAGCUGUCACAAAAGGAUGCAGCUGACGUGUGCAAAUACGCGAAGCUUGCCGCUGACUACGUGCCUCCAAGGCCUUAUUGUGGUGUCGUGAUACCUGACACGGGUCUCCCGGGCGCGCUGUUCGCGUUUCUAGACAUGGAGCGCGACAGGACUGCGCUGUCGCACGCGCGCGACACGCUGUCGUGCUGCUUGCUGGCCGCGGCCGGCAAUCGGGCGGUGAGGGACUGGCUCGUGUUGGCCAAGAAAGUGCUGACCGUUAGACUUGAGGACAGCGGUAACACGGAAAUGGAUUUCGAGGCAGAAGGUGACGAUGAUCAGGCAGAAUUUCACGCAGAGUCCGAGCAGUCUACCCAUCCGGCCGUACAACCAAGAUGGCCUACAAGGGUAUUCGCGAUGGAAUGUAUCCAGAAAGUGAUGGGCGCUUGUGAAGCCACAGGGGACAGUGCUCAUUUUGAUCUUGUGAAGGCAAAAGAGAAACUAUUAACUGAUCCUAACGCCGAUUACCUUUCCCUGCACCUGUCGGACCUCGUGCGCAUGGCGUUCGUGGGCGCGACGGGCGAGUCGGACGCGCUGCGGCUGUGCGGGCUCAAGACCCUGCAGAUGAUCAUCCAGCAGUACGCGCGCGCGCCCGAGCCGGACUUCCCCGGACACUUGCUGCUGGAGCAGUAUCAGGCGCAGGUGGGAGCAGCGGUGAGGCCGGCUUUCGCUGGUGACACGGCGUCGCACGUCACUGCGGCUGCCUGCGACGUGUGCUCCGCGUGGAUCGGCUGCGGCGUGGCCAGAGAUAUCAACGAUUUGCGGAGAGUCCAUCAGUUGCUGGUUUCCAGUUUGGAUAAAUUAAACAAAAAGGGCAACACAACACUCAUAUACAAUGAGAGUAUGGCGACAUUGGAGAAACUUUCCAUUUUAAAGGCUUGGGCUGAGGUAUACAUUGUGGCAAUGGUAAGUAACGACAGCGCCCCGGGCAGUUACGUCAAACAGCUAGACACCAAACCCGUCAACAACCGCGCCGAGAUAGCCAAGUGGCGUAACCAAGUUUUACAGAACAACAACCAAAUCGACAACGCCAAUCAGGAGAGCGAGGACGACGAAUACGGAGAGUUUGAGUCCAAAGGGGAGAGUUUGUUGAAACUUGUUGAACCGGAGUUGGAGAGUUUGGGAGAGAAUUGGUUGGCGGCUUUGAAGGAUCAUGCGCUUUUGAGUCUACCACCUGAAUUCGCAUCCCAACUGCCGCACGGCGGAGGCGCGUUCUACUCGGCGGAGACGGCGGAGGCGUCGCGAGCGCACUACGCGCGCGCCUGGCCCUCGCUGCUGUACGCGGCUGCGUUGCGCUUCAACGCCACCAUCGCUCACGGCAGCCAAACCACUGAUGAUAAUGAAACACCCGACAACAGUGUCGAUAACAGAAACAACAAGAGUGAGAAUGGGAAUUGCGAGUUCUUCGAGCCUAUAGACGAAAAGUUCCAUCUUCUAUUUGGUAUCUGUAUGGAAGCUCUGUGCGCCCAACGCGACAUGAGCGUGGACAACACUAUAACGGUUUUGUUGUCUCUGGUCACUCUGCUCGAUGCUCCAGAGAACAGGGCGCGGUUGCUUAAGGACAGAGCGUUGGCCAUAGAGCUGUGCCAGAUCAUCCACCGCACGGGGCUCACGCAGGAGAGCGUGGAAGCAUUGCUGUUGGCAGCAGACGUGUUGCAGCCAGUGGUAGCCGCCGCCAGGGAGCAGUUGAGGACAGCUAUGCAAGAAAAAAUUAAAGAACUCGCUCCAGAUGAUCCAACAGAAAGCAUACCGCAAUCAGUCCUAGAAGUGGUACACACUUUAGGUGAAGGGGGUCCCACGGGAGACCUUCCACCGGGAAAGUCCCUGGUGUUCGCCUGUUUGGAAGUGUGUGUCUGUUUACUCGUCCGGAGGCUGCCUACACUGAGUCCGCUGAAGCAGGAAGGAAGGGUUGGGGUUAUUGGGGUCCGCAAGGGUUUGGGGGUUCACGGGGACACGUUGCUGAUCAAAAGCUUGGCGUCCAUGUCGGAUUUGACUACGCUGACAAGCCCGCAAGGUGCCUUGUCCCUUCUGCCGACAAUACUGUACCUCGCGACGGAGAUCCUGCGCGAGAGUAAAGGCGACACCACACUAGCGGACGCGGGCAUCUUACUGCUGCAGCAGGCGGCAGAGUGCAAGGCGGUGCGCGUGCACGCAGAUACUUGCGAGCAGCACGCGCUGCUGCUGCAGAGCACGCUCGCCACUCUUGUAGACAGAGUCAAGUCUGAGGAGGCCGAUCAGCGCAUAGACAGCGUGACGGGCGCGCGCGCCAUGGCGGCAGUGCUAGCGCGCGCCGCGCCCGCGCCGCCGCUGCACUACCCGUGCAUCAACCACUUCCGACAGUGCCUCGACACCAGGGACCACGAGGUGUUCGCGUCAUGCUGCACCGUCCUCCGCAGCGUGUGGUCGCGCAGCGCGCCGGCGGAGUGGGUGUCGUGGUGGGCGCGAGCUCUAGCUGCGCGCGUUGUGGUCAAAGCGGCCAACGCCCGCCACGCCAAGGACGCGGCGCACGUCAAAGCCGCCAUAUCAGCGGUCACCGCACUCGACGAGUUGGUUGACGCCGCCCCUGAUGCCGGACGUAUCCAAAUGCUAUGGAUCUUAGUGCCAAUAGUGAUCUCGUAUCUACGCGAGGCGUCGGAGCUGCAGCGCGCGCCGGCGCACGUCCGCACGCUACACGAGUUCGCGUUACACUGGCUGAUGCGCGUCGGCCCGAAGCAUCCCCAGGAGUUCAAGACAAUGAUGCAACAGUCUUCCGAACUGCGCACCAAGCUCGAGAACGCAGUCAAAGCGAAUCAAGCCAAUCGCAGCGCGCGCCGCUCCACCCCCGCGCGCCCCGCCUUCGAUACGCGUCCCGCCAAACCCACCAUAGAACUUAAGACAGAUUUUAGCGAUUUCAGGUAAACCGUGUAGCAUUGAUGAAAUGGACAACUAAUAAGCGUGCCGUUAUGCGUUUUAAGGUAUUCGAAUUUGACAUUGAUUUUGAUGUGAUUUUCAAAUCACAAGGUUUGAAAAAUUGGGUACGUGUUGUUGCAUCGAAUAUCGAAUCCCCUUGUCUUGUGUCUUUUUAAAGUCCAUGCAUAAGUUUUUCUUUUUUGUGAGAAUGCGACGGAUGCUAUCAAAGCGUCUAUUGCUUUCUCUGUCUACGACGUCAAUCGACUUGCUGGUAUGUGGUAUUAGACAAAUGUUUGUCAUUGGCUGAUAUUAGUCAUUAAAAUACAUGCAAUAUAUGCAAUCUUUAAAAAAAUGUUGGUAUCAACGAUUUAAUACUAUUAUGUAUGUUGCGAGCCUACGAAAUCACCGCAAAAAGUGGUCCGAAUUUAGUUAUUCCAUACACACAUGUACAAGUUUGUGUAUACUUCCUGAACACACAACUCGACAUUGUGGAUAAUAUUUAGGUAUUAUUUGUUUCAAUAACUUUGUUUAUUAUGCGACCAAAAUUAAGUUAAUUAGCCACCUUUGUUCGCUUCAGUUUUGACGCGCUAAUGACAUAUCUAAUAGUAUGAAAUCUUUGGUUGGUAUGUGUAAUAUUAUAGAGCCAUGGAUGUUCCGCGAUAAAAAGUAGCCUAUGUGUUAUUCCAGGGUAUAAUAUAUCUCCAUUCCUAGUUACACCUCAAUCCAUUCAGUAGUUUGUGUGAAGUAAUAACGAACAUCCAUACAAACUGUCGCGUUUAUAAUAUUAGUGGGAAUUAGUACAGAGUAGAGAUAUUUAGUAAUUAGUCAAUAAGUAUAAAAUUGUACUAGAAAAGGAGUGAUAUGAAAUUUUAUUGAUAUAUAUUCAAACGCAUUUGAAUCAAAAGUUGAAAGUUAUAUGAGUGUUAAUAAAUUAUAGAACGAGUGAAAAUUUAGUGAAUUUGCUGACACGAAAAAAUGCUUUUAUAUAACAGCAAACAAUAUAAAUGAAUAUUUUAUUGAAAUAAAAUACAUAUAAAUAGUAAAUUAGCUACCUAUCUCAUUGAUUUUUUGGUAGGAGGAAUUUAUUUACUGCUAUAUUAUGAAGUGUAAUAAGUAAUUUAUAAAAAUACUUGCAUUUUUUUUUUAUUUUAACAUUUUACAAUGAAAUAUAAAUUAUUCUCUAUAAUAACUUUUGUUUUCGUUUGUUUGUACUAUAAGCGAUAUUGUAUUUAAAGAAUAUAAAUAAUAAAAUAUACAAUAAUAGUAUACUGUGAUAGGAUUAUGGGAGUAAUGCCAAUUAUUUUCGAUGUAUACGACGUCUUUUAAAGAUAUAUCCGACGUGUCACGUAAAAACCUAGUAUUGAUCACUUCAUGAGUACCGAAUGCCGAAUAUUUCAUGAAAUGUUUGUUUUUCAUUUCACUUCACAGUAUUUGAUGCGAUAUUGUGCGGGAAAGUAAACAGAGUUUUGAGAGUUAAUAAAUAAUUAGCAUGCCAAAUUGGCAAGAUACAUUUACCAUCUACCGACCACAUGUAUAUAUAAUGCAUGUAUCUGCAAAUAAAUAAAUAAAUUGAUUGAUUGAUUGAUUGCUUGAUUGAUUGAUGAGGUAAAGUAAAGAGAGGGAAAUUAUUUUUGUACACAUCAUGAGGUGAACAGUUCUAGCCACGACAUAAUUUUACUAUCCACUGCCUUAUAUCAUAGAUUAAUAAUAAUAAUAAUAAUUUAUUUACCAUCUUUGAGUAAAAAUUAAAUAUUACACAUGAGUACAUGUGUAAUAUUUAUCGCAUUUAGGUCGCCUAAAAAUAAGGGCGUCUUCGAACCAUAUUUUGAGGCUUUUCAAUUUGACAUACGAUUUUUAGUUUUAUAAGGCCUAUAACAGACGAUCAGUUUUAAAGGUUCUUGUUUAAGUGAAAAACAGGUAGACUGUUGGUAAUAAGUCCAUAUAAAAUAGAUGACUAAAACAAAUAAUUAGUUAGUAUUGCGGACUUAUUAACUAGAUACUUGUUUUGCGUGUGUUAUAUGUCGAUAUAUUUUUAGCGUGAAAGAUUUUUCAUACUUGUAUUAGCCAUAUAUAAAUAUUCAUCAAUGUAUUACUCCAACUCAGUAAAAAGUGAUUUAAAGCUAUCAUUGAUUAGUAGUGCCAAGCGUCUAUUUGCUUAUGUUUGCGUCUUAUAUUAGUUUUUGACAGGAUUUUAAUAUUUUUUUGUAUUCAAUAUAGCUAUUGGCGAUUAAAAUGUUUCUAUAUUUAUUUUGGACAUAUUGAAAUAACUCGUGACGUCAUCGCAUAUAGAAAAAAUACGCCAUUGCUUUUUGUUACUAAAUGAGCGGGGUCUUGGGGUCUUCUAGUAAAAUACAAGUCCUUUGACGUUGACCUCGCAUUUUUAUGGACGGAAAGGGUUUCUUUUCGUUAAUAGUUACUUUCAGAUAAAUUGUUAAAACAUAUUCCACUAGUUAUAAUAAGCGUAGAUUCUUAAAUAAACUAUUAAUUAUAAUAUAAGCAAACUAAAUCGAUCGUCUGAAUUAGGCUUUACAUGUAGUAAGUAAGUAGGUAUAGUAUUUAGUAAUUUAUUUUUAAGAAAGAUAUUUAAUAUUGUAAAUUGAUAUAUUAAAAUAAAACUAAUAUGUACUAUGACUAUUAAAAUAAAAAAACUAAUACAUUAA